CAGCGCAGUAUUACAACAAACAAGACGUAUAUUCUACGAGGAAGAUAAAAAUGUUACUAGUAUGGAAGUAAUGCCAAAUUAUCACCAAGAAUCGUCAGUAAAUAGUUCUCCGCAAGUGAGUAACGAAGAUUACACUGUAAUUAUUACGGAGACUACAGGUGUAACGGAUCCUGACGAAUUUGUUCUUGACCUCACAACUUUACCACUUGAUUCUGAUGAUAUAUUUAAUAAUAUUAGUGCCAGUAAUGAGACAAUUCCACCACACAACCACAUUGACUCUGGAAACAAUUUAGCAAAGGGAAUCAAGAGGAGUUUGAAUGAUGAAGAUGAUGUCACAAUAACUGUUGAUGACGAAAUAGAAAGUUCUGGAUACGAGUCCGACUCUGAACAUGGCGAAGAUAUCAGUAUGCUGAAUAGAAAGAAGAAGAAAAUAAAACGUAACAAAAACAAUGGUAAAUGUUUUAAUAUUUAUAUAGAAAAAAAAACUUUUCUUAAUAUAUCUGAUUUAUUCAUCAAAUCAUUGAUUUAUUUUAUGCCCCACUUACUUAGGGGAGGUUUGACCUUAUCCGUUUGUUCCGUUGUCACAAUGACUGUUCAAUUUACAUUCCAUGUCCUAGAUCGUGCGUAUGUUAAAGCAGGACCAAGUAUGUCACCUUCUCCUAUUUUUAGAACCAGUCGUACGAUCCAGCCUCUCUACAAGAAGCUUUUAAACGUCGUCUGCUUAGCAUGUCCAAUACCUUUCUACCAAACAUGUUGUAGCGGAGAGUGUUAUCGGGAUUGGGCGCGUAAAAGAGUCACCAUUGCUCGUAUGGUGAGAGAUUAUGCAGAGUCUGAUCUCCGAGUCGACUAUUUCUCGUGGGGUAAAUGGAAACAGGAACCGGAAGUGGAUGUGUCGGGUUCAAGCGAUGAGGACUGGUUCUAG